AUGGGAAAUUCUAUUACAUCUCUCUACCGUUCAAUCUGGACUCAACCAAGACCACAAAUCUCGGUUCGCAUCUCAGCAUCUUCUCAUCAGCUGAAUAUGACUGAAGGAAUCCCUCUGAUCUUUUUCAUCGAACUUACCUUACAUCAUUCUCAGCCCAUCACAUGGCGAUCAGGUGGCAUAUUCGACGCUUCGACCGUCUUCCGUGACAAUGGCUUGACCUUCAGAGACACGUCGACUGGCCAACUUGUGCCGAGGAGCUGGAUCUGCAUUCUUACCGAACCCGACGAUGGGAAAAUAACUGAAAAGAACAAAGGAGGCUGGACAACACUGUACCCUGGAAAACCGCAUGUCUUGGAGCCGAAGCUCGAAGGCACUUUGGGACCUCAGUACUGGCCGCCGCCCCAAUGGACAGGUGAGACGGAGGAGCAAUGCAGAAAUCGGCCGCAUAUCGUGACGUGGCGAGAUGUGAGAGAGUUCAAGGAUGGCGAAACCUAUGAGGUUGGCAUCAGCGACAGAGCAAGCAUUGGACACUACUGGAACGGGACUAAAGACGACUUCUUAAGCGGUCGAAUGGAGCAGUCUGAGGAGACUGGCAGGUCCGGCCCAAUCGAAUACAAAAUUGAAGAGACGAUAUCCUUCACAGUCAGUCGGCCAGACGCGGACGGAAGUUUGAACCAUUUCUUGGAUUAG